AUGGCUGCGAAGCUGCGAGCGCAUCAGGUGGACGUGGACCCGGACUUCGCACCGCAGAGCCGGCCGCGCUCCUGUACCUGGCCCCUGCCGCAGCCGGACUUGGCUGGCGACGAGGACGGAGCGCUGGGCGCAGGGGUGGCUGAGGGCGCGGAGGACUGCGGGCCAGAGCGCCGGGCGACAGCCCCAGCGAUGGCCCCAGCGCCGCCACUGGGCGCCGAGGUCGGACCGCUGCGGAAAGCCAAGAGCUCCCGGCGGAACGCGUGGGGAAACCUGUCCUACGCCGACCUCAUCACCAAAGCCAUCGAGAGCGCUCCGGACAAGCGGCUCACGCUCUCACAGAUCUACGACUGGAUGGUCCGUUACGUGCCCUACUUCAAGGAUAAAGGCGACAGCAACAGCUCAGCUGGCUGGAAGAACUCCAUCAGGCACAACCUGUCGCUCCACACCCGUUUCAUCCGCGUGCAGAAUGAGGGCACAGGCAAGAGCUCCUGGUGGAUGCUGAACCCCGAGGGCGGCAAGACAGGCAAGACCCCGCGACGCAGGGCUGUGUCCAUGGACAACGGCACCAAGUUCCUGCGCAUCAAGGGCAAAGCGAGCAAGAAGAAGCAGCUGCAGGCACCAGAGCGGAGCCCCGACGACAGCCCCCCAGGUGCACCAGUCCCUGGGCCCAUGCCCGCAGCCAAGUGGGCUGCCAGUCCUGCCUCGCACGCCAGCGACGAUUACGAGGCGUGGGCCGACUUCCGCAGUGGCGGGCGACCCCUGCUUGGAGAAGCAGCCGAGCUGGAGGACGAUGAUGCCCUAGAGGCCCUGGCACCUUCGUCGCCACUUAUGUACCCAAGCCCUGCGAGCGCACUGUCGCCCGCGCUGGGUGCACGUUGCCCGGGGGAGCUGCCCCGCCUGGCGGAGCUGGGAGGUCCGCUGGGCCUGCACGGUGGUGCGGGGCUGCCAGAGGCCCUGAUGGACGGCGCGCAGGACGCGUAUGGGCCACGGGCCCGCACCCAGGCGCCAGCCUACUACAGCGGCUGCAAGGGCGCGGCCUAUGGCGGGGGCGGGGGCGGGGGCUUCGGGCCUCCAGCGCUGGGUGCGCUGCGCCGCUUACCCAUGCAGACCAUCCAGGAGAACAAGCAGGCCAGCUUCGCGCCCGCCACGGCGCCCUUCCGCGCGGGGGCNNNNGGCCUGGCGCCGCCCGGCCACGCGCCUGUCUUCGGCGGCCCACCCAGCGGCCUCUUGAUGGACGCACUGCCCGGACCAUACGCAGCCGCUGCCGCCGGGCCACUGGGUGCCGCGCCCGACCGCUUCCCGGCAGACCUGGACCUUGACAUGUUCAGCGGGAGUCUCGAGUGCGACGUUGAGUCCAUCAUCCUCAACGACUUCAUGGACAGUGACGAGAUGGACUUCAACUUCGACUCAGCCCUGCCACCGCCACCGCCUGGCCUGGCUGGUGCCCCGCCACCCAACCAGAGCUGGGUGCCCGGCUGA